GGAAAACCGGCCAGAAAAACGGAGUGAGAGAGAGACCUCAGUCAUCUAGUGAUUGGAGAUUCAUCCGGGCGCUCAGGGCGCACAGACGGAGUUGCACAAUCAGCGCGCCAAAGGGACAGAGAGAGCAGAGAAAGCAUCAGCGCUCCUCCAGCUCUGUCAUCUAACAGCUGCUGCAAGGGGAUAUUAAACACAAGACGGAAAACUUUUCUUCACUGUUUUGAUUUUUUUACGCAAAGAAACUGUUUGGAAAGCUCGCGUUGUGAGGAGAACAUCUGAUUUUUGGAGACAUGCAGCGGUGCACGGCGGUGCUGCUUUUGUUAGUGGUGGCCUUAUACUUCCUAAAUGCAGAAGGUAAACUCAAAGGUCUGUUCCCUUUUUUAGUUUUUGCAUGCAGUGUUAAAAAACUUUGUUGUGUUGUGUUGUGCGUAGACUCUGUAACAAAAGAGAAAAAUAUAUGUUUAGACGCAGUCCUUGAUAACUCCUCUGCAUUAUAACGUGUUUAAAGGGAGCAGCCAAAAAGUUAACUCCAAAAUCCCUCUUCUGUCCACUUUGUUUGACAUAUAAGCGAAGUUGCUGCCAAACAUCCACAAAUUCCCAUGCACAGGCUCUGGAAACUUAGUCCAAGUGGUCUGUCUGUUUGCAUGCAUGAUUUUACAUAACCAAUGCACCACCUGCUGCAUGCAUCUGAAUCCUAAUCUGAUAACAAAAAACCCAAACACUCUUAAACUACGAGAUAUAUUUUACUCUUCAAGCUUUCUAACAACUUAAAACUGAUAGAAUAGAAUGAUGAAUAUGUCUGUAGUGAAAAAUAUGACUCAGGACUUCUCAUCCGAAGAGUAAAAUGGUCAUUUCAAGCCUCUCUGCACCAUGAACACCACUCAGUGUGAUUCUGUGAAUCUGGCAAGAUGAGUGAAGUUCACCAUAUGUGGGUGAAAUAAUCCAAAGCCAGUAUUCAUGGGGGGAGUGACUGCUUUAGACAAAGAGUCUGCGUUUUUUCAGCUGUAGAAACUUCCAGUAAGCACACCUUGAAAAUCCUUUAAGCACCAUCGUGAGUCAAAAACUUAAAUUUUUCAUGUGAUGUUUUUGGAAAGAAAUAUCCUCUAAAAUGAGUUCAUAGAGUCCUUUGUUAUUUAAUGCUUAGAAAUGAUAAAAUAUUUUUGCUCAUAUCAAGAGGCUCAAAUCUUUAGAUAGCUAUGUCUUAUUAUGGGCUGCUCACUGAAGCCAUCACUCCCUGCAUGGAUCCCUGGUCUAUAUGAAUAUUUUAACCUCACUGUUCACCUUUUUUAUUGGACUUUAUAUGUGGUGAGUGCCAGCACCAGUGUGUGGAUAGUGACAGAUUUAGUGUCCGGCGAGGGUGAGGGUAGAGAGCUGGUGAUGGAUGAGGGAAACCUUGGGCUCUCCAGGUCAUCACCUCCUAUCAGAAAUAAAAACAACCCUGCAGAACUCAUUUCCUCUGCAUUUCAUACAGCAGCAUAAAGUCACUGCAAAUAGAAAACUGGGUUUCAUGCUGGACAGAGUUGAUAAGAUAUAAAGCUACUCGAAAAGUGUGACUGCAUGUCGCCUUAAUUGAAAACAGAUGUGUGCAUGCAUCUGUUCAGAGUAUCCAGUGUUGGAAGACUUAAUUUUUUGUGUAGUUUUAUGAAAACGUAGAAGCAUGAGUGGACCAGGUUCUGCCUGACUUGAAUGCAUUUGAUGUGAAUCUAUAAAUCAUGUUGGUUCUAUGAGAAAACAGCAGAUCUGUUUAUUUUGUCAUAGUGCACCAAGCUUGAAGUUGAAUCUUCUCAAGGUGUUUUUUUCUAAACCGAAUCUUCAGCAGCAAUAUAAAAUUCUGGCAAACUGGACAAAAAAACAUAACUUUUAUUCAUUUUUGAAUGGAUUUAAAGUCAUCUGGGGUUAUUUGUAACAUUUUAUGUGGCCUAAUUGAAGUCCUGUUUUGAAAAUCUUGUGAUGUUUCAACAGCGAGAUAUCAGACUUAAAUUCUGGCACUGCUAAUCUCCUCUUGUCAGCGUGCGCUCCAAAGAUAAACUGUUGGCUGAUUUGGAGCCAAUUUGCCGUCAGAUCAUGAAGCAUUAACUUUUCUAUCACUUAAAUCGCUGUGUUCGUUUUCCUCGCUGGAUGUAAUUCAGAGGCGAACCUUUAAUGAUCUGUCACAAAGUAAUGUUUACACAUGAUCAGCUAGCAUUACUCCUGAAUCAUCUGUGUGUUUCUGUGUGGUGAUGUCUUUUAUUUGUUGUUUGAACAGCCUACAAGUGCAGGUGCACCAGGAAAGGACCAAAGAUCAGAUACAUGGAUAUACAGAAGCUGGAGAUCAAACCCAAACACCCGUACUGCCAAGAGAAGAUGAUAUUGUGAGUCAUUUUCAGUUUCUUCAUCCUUCCUCUCACCUGCCAGGUAUCGAUCCCCUUCCCUCAUCCUUUUCCCCAAAAUACUCCUUUUACCUUGUUUCCUCUCCUUGUUUUCUUCACAACUUCUUCCUUUCUUCCUCUCUGUAUUUGAAGAAGUCAUAAAAUCACAUUAUUUGUACCCUCCUCCUGACACACACACAUAUACACAGAUGUCACUUUUUCACGACUAUCCGCCUAAAUACUAUAAAAACUGUUUGGCAGGUUCAUAGUAAUUAUCCAAACAACCCGCCGCAUGUGCUCGAAGCUCUCAGGAGGAUUUACAGUGUGUUGAUAAACAGAUGUUUGAAUUUAGCUCACUAUGAAGGGUGAGGAGUGAUGUGAUUGGUGGAAAAAUGGGCUACUUUCCAGAAGGUACAAGUACUCUCAAAUCUAACUUUAUCAAAUUCUUAAAACAUAUUUAAGAUCUUAGUUUAUGUGCAAUUUAUCACAAAUCUGUGCAUCCCAGCCUCCAGUUUUAUUUGCCUUUGAACCUGUAUUUUUAUUUUUCUCUACAAUGCACUAUUUUUAUCCCUCAGCCAUCCAUUCCUAUAAAAUCUGACCUGAUCUUUAAGAUGAUCACCAGUCCUCAUAGAUUUCAGGAGUUAAAACAGACACAAAGCCGCCUGUGGUGCUCAGAUACAUCGAGUAACUUUAGAUAAAUACACUAAAUUUCUAUAGUCAGCAUGCAGUAUCUUUUCUCUAAGCUGUGAUGUUGGAUCAACUCUCACUCAAAACUGGAAAUGUGAGCUGUGAUUUUAGGGUUGAAUCAUGUAAAGUUUUCUGUCAUGUGGCGAGAACAGAUGGGGUGUUAUGUCAGCCCUCCCUGGAGUCAGUUUGCAGAGUUCGAACUCUGCUGCCACCUGCUGGAAGAUUGAAGUAUUGCACACAUGGUCAACAGCAGCAGUGACAGACACUGACCAUGUGGUUGUGGCAUACGUGUUGAAUUCGUUUAUGCAGUCAUGUCUUUUGGAGAGGAAAACAUAAUAUCUUGUAAUGUUAGUAAUUAUAUUCAAGCAAUUGCAGCCAAGGUAAGAGUUAGGGUUAGUGAUAAGGGAGGAUAAGAAGGGGGCUUACACUGAAUAUACAGUAUUUCCGAUCAGAUUUUUGACAGACCUGAUAAAAGGUAUAACUUCUAAUCUAAAGAUAACAAAGUAUCUCAAUAACUUUAAAUCGUAAAAUAAUAAUAAUUGAUAAUAAUUAUACAUAGAAUACUUGAUUCUGACUAGUUGAAAUCCCACUACAAUGGUAAUUUAUCAAUUCAAUCAACAUGAAGGCACAUCCGUCCCAUUUUACCUCUGCAUGAUGAAACUAGGGCACAACGGUUAGUUUCCUCCAGCUCCAAGAGCUGACAGGAUCAGCAUCACAUGGGGUUUCACUUGACCUGUCAGGAUUGCAAUUUGCAUAACCACCUGCUCCCUAUACAUUACUGACUCACACCAUUCGACAAUGUGUUUACAGAGUGUGUCAAUCACUGAAUAAAAGGAAGUAAAAAUUGAAAAAUCUGCUGUGAGGGAAACAAUCUGAGGUUCUGGAUUUUGUUUAUGUCCACUUACAGGUCCGUCACUGUGUGUUUUUGUGUCCCCCUGCUGACAGCCGUUAUUUAAGGCCGCUCUAUUAGCAUGAGAUGGGGGCCACCAGCCACUGGUGCCCGGUGAAAAAUGAGUCCCAGCGGGCUCCGGAAAGCCACAAAGAGAAAGAGAGUAGGAGAGAAAUGAGGGAGAGAGUCCCCCCUCUGGCCUUUGUUGUGACCGUUUGGCUUACGCUGCUCAGUUUGGCAUUCAGGGCGACCACUACGGACUCCACACACAAGCUUUAAGCUUCAAAGUGUCCCUGUUUACCACUUCUUCCCUCUCUUUAGCAUUAAUUUCUCUCUCCCUGUUUUCAUUUUAUCUAUAUUUUAUUUUAUAUAAUUUUUUCUCAAUGAUAUAUACUGUAUAUAAUGUAUAUCACCUCAUCUGUGCAUUUUUGUCUCUUUUUUUAGUUAAAACAAAUAAUUUACCCCAAUUACAAUACACAUAUAUUUUCAUUUAAAUGUACAUUUACUAUCAAAGUUAAAGAAAAGGGCAAAUUAAGAUGUUAAAAAGUACCAGGCUUCAUUAUGAAAUGAAAAGUAACUCAUAAACGAAUCUUAAUGAGCUUUUCAUCUUGUUUGUGGUUACUGAGCUCAUUUUGGCCACUUUUAAUCCUCCCUAUAUGAUAUUAUUGUGUGUUUCUAAUCCCAAUUUAAAUUGUUAUAAAAGUAAUAAAAAAGUUUCCAAUCACUGGCAUUAAAAUAAAAAAGGAUCAUACUUUUGCCUUGAAUAUUGCAGGGUAGAAAUUUAAAGUAGCCUAAAACAAAAUGAUAUUUCCUCUUAUUUCUUUUCUCCAUAGCCACUAAAAUCCUUCCUUUAGCCCCCUUACGGCCUAUUUUCCCAUCCUUUGCCCGUGCUUAUGUAACAUUUUACAAACAGUAUUAGCCUUCAGAGCCAGUGGCUGCGCUGAGGCUGUUCAGGUGAAUUAAAAUAAGGAGAAACUAAAGCUCAUAUUAAAACAGAAAUUAGGUUAAAUUUCAUCUCAACUGAGCAGUUGUGGAUAAACAUUCCGGGUGUGUGUAUUUCAGCCAUGCAGAGUCAAUCUGCAUUCAUGCAUACAAAGGCACUUUUGCUACCAAACGCACACACAUUCAAGGAUCAGUUCAAAGCAGAUACAGCUGUCCAGUGAAACCUCAAACAGCCAAACAAAGUGACAACUGAAUCAGCAGGAAAAUAGCUGCAGAACUCUUUAAUCUAAUCUUUAUAUCUGGUGAAUGCUGAGGUUUUUAUUGAGAGUGAACUCUUUUCUCUGCCACUCAACUCAUUUAACAUUCAUGGUUUGGUGAGUCUUUGAGUGUGUCACUGGCUGGAGAGGCCCCAUAGCACCGUGGGAGUUUUUUCCCACAUUUCUCUUGUUAAGCCUGAAUAUGCCACAUGCAGGCAGACUGUCUCCACCGCUGCCUUAAGCAGAGGGUAACAGACAGGCCGAUUGGUUCAAUGAGCUUGGGUGUCAAAUAUUUAAGCGGCAGCACCAUAAUAUUAUUUCCCUGCCAAGUAACUGUCUCACUGCCCAGUGUGUGCUGAUCCUUCUGAAUGAAGAGGGCCUUUAACUACGGAAAUCUUAUUGAAGGCAGUUUAGAAGAGCAGAGUAGAGACAGAGAAGAAUGGGGCAAAAAAUGACCUGGAAAAACUCAGAAAACGUGUGUUUUCACUCUCUAAAGCUUUUUAAGUCGGUGAAAAAACAUACUAAGAAGUGGGCUCAUCUAAUCUUCUUUGAAAGUGUCAAAGUUCUUUUCCACAUUCAUAUUUUGCUGAAAGAUGCACAAUUUUUCUAUCCUGUCUUGUCUUCAUAAUUUCUGAAAAUUAUUCAGCACAGAACUACUGAAGCAGUCAGCAAAUCCACACAUUAGGAGUUAUCUUGCCAAAUCGUGGUAGCAUCAGUUAUCAAAGUCAAUAUGACUACAAAUGAAUUUAGAAUCUUUAACGGUCUUAACAUUUUAAAUUGUUUGUUUGUGUCCCCUGUCAGUGUGACGAUGGAGAAUGUGGCUCGGUUCAAAGGUCAGGAGUACUGUCUUCAUCCCAAACUUCAGAGCACCAAGAAUCUGGUCAAAUGGUUCCGCAUCUGGAAGGACAAGCACAGGUAAAUAUCCUGUUUUUUUUUUAAAUUAAUAAAUCAAAAUUCUUUUGACUCAUGUAUUUGACCUUUUUUAAUUCACUGUGUGUAGUCAUUUCUUAUUGAGAAUAAAAGCAUUCAUUGAUAAGGCAUUAAUUUUAAGGCAAUUCCACUGCAUACUGACAUUGUCCGUUCUUAUUUUAGAAAAUUUCAGCAUUACUUUGAAUCGCUGGAUAAUUUUAGGGCUCAGUAUUUCCACCUGGUAUUCACACUCUGUGAGGAGUUUAGCAGCUUAAGAGCCAAAUAUGACUUGAAGAGAUUGGCAUAGGCAUGUCCAGACAUGUCCAGACAUGUUUGAUGGGGUGCCUAACUAGGUAGUGACUUAUACAGGGGUGCCAUCAAUAUAUACCUUUACCAUCUUUUUCUCACAUAAAAAAAAAUAUAGCAAAAUUUAGCUUUUAUUUACUUUGCCAUCCCUUUUGGUGUACAUGGGAGUAAAUGUGGACCAAAAACAGAGCUCAAGACGGGUAGAAAAUUCUACUUCAGGUCAUUUUAUAGCUAGAAACACAACAGGGGUCUCAAUAAACGUGAGUGCUUUCCACAUAAAGUGGGUGCUUUUACUAGACUACUUUUAUCUUAUUAUUUUAUCAUUUAAAAAGCACCAGUGUUGUCUUAUUAGCCUGUUUUCACUGUUCCCACUCUAGCAAAAAUAUUGGUAAUGAGUUUUUACAAAAGAUACGAUGUGAACUGCUUUCACCUGAUCUCCCAGAAAAAAACAACCUGUUAUUAAUACUGACCCUGACUCUUGGUAUAUUUUAGUGGUUUCUUUCAGAUGACUUAGAAACUGCUGUUGUUGAAUUUUCUCAUUCAUUAUAUAUAACCACUGAAAAAAGCUUUGUGAAGUAGGAAGCAGAAAUUAUUAUUAUUAUUUUUUUUUUUUGCUGAGUACAAAAGAUCAUAUCCUGUUUUCUUCAUUUAUACUCCUUCCAACUACAAGGCUAACAAAUGAAAUUCAAGAUAAAUGUAUGUGCUUGUGCAGAGACUUGUGUAAAAUGAGUGAAGGCCAAUGGUGCAGAUAAACCAAUUUUAACUUUUCAAAGUCAUGAAAGUGUUGUAGUCACAAAGAAAUGAACUCUUUUUUUUUCCACAGGGUGUAUGAGGCCUAGAACUCGGCAACCAAGCACACAAGGCUCAAGUGAGACAAAACACCAGAUGAAAAAUACACCAGGACUGUUUUAUUGGAAGUACAAGGUGUAAUCUACAAUCAAACAGUACUUCCUCCUCUUUUGCCUGAAAUCUGUAAAGCACAGUAAGAGAUAUGUUUAGUUUGUAUAUAAAAAAGCUGGUGGGCUGGUUUUAGUCAGCCGUCUAUCUAGUUAGAGUCACUCACCUCUUCUGUCUUUACAGCUGUAGUUAUACUUUUUCAGUUACACAAUGAGGCGCCACCAUUUGUGUUCAGACGGUCAUGAGUUUUGUUCAGUUUUUCGUAAAGGGACUUUGAGAGGUCACUGCAGAAACAGGUGGACUUUUAUUUUUCUUUGAAAGUGCAUUGUGGGUGUGUCAGUUAAGACUUUUACUUCUCUGUAUUCAUACUACAGACAUCAUAUUUUGUACCAUGCCAACAUUUAAGAUCUGUUUACCUGUUUUUAUAGGGGGAAUGACAUGUACACAGCAGUGGCAUAUAUGUAAUCAGUUGCUAUGGUUUCGUCAUAUUUGUCAAACACUCUGCACCUCAAUACAAGGGAGUAGUUUCAGUAAGUAUUUAAUGACACAGAUAGCUAAUUCUCACCAUCUCUUCAUACAUUACAGUCUGUAAAUUGGAAUUAAUUACACUGAAUCAUAUACAGUAACCUCUAUCCUGAUAUUCAAGCCACUUUGCCACAGACUCGGCUGGUUUGAUAUGAGUGAUUUAAAAAAAAAAAAAAGGCCAUUAUUCACUGAAUUUAAUGUGCUGUAUUGAAAAGGCAGAAACAUUUGGAUUUAAGUCAUCAAUGUAUUAAGGUUAUAGUAUUUGAGGUGAGUAAUGAAUUGAGAAGUCGGGCCAUUUCCUGAAUGAAUCCUACAUAAUUAGGAAGAGUCAUCCACUUUUGGCCAUUUAACAGAAAGCAGCUAAAAAGCACUUAAGCAAAGCCAGGAAUUGACCCAGAGGUUAUGUCCACCUCUUUAUACAGCCAUAGCUAUAGUUGAAGGAAUAUGUAGUAAAACAUUGAAUAAAUAUGAAGCAAUACUUAGGAGAAACCAGCCUUAUUACCUCUUUAUUUCAGUAUACAUAUAACAUCCUGAAAGGAUAAGGCUAGUAAUAUUCUUGAUUUUAUCUGCGUUUAGAAACAUCACAAUUUAAAUCAAACCAUGCUACUCCACUUCUCAAUAAAAUCUGUCUGGAGCCGUUUAAUUCUUUUGUAAGACACAAUCCUGAAAAACAUAUCAGAAAUAAAAAAAUUUAAAAAAGUUUUAUAAGAGCUAAAACACACCUAUGACUGCUUUGGGCAUUGUAACACAUCCAUAUAAAUCUUAGAAACUUCACUCAGAUAGGGCCAAAUAGUGUGUCUUUCGGGGGCUGUUUAGGGCUGCAGAUAAACAAAAUUGGUGCUAAUUGGUAUUUACUAUGGAGAUCGCGUGUAUGGCAAUAAAUUACCAUAUCUUGAUGAAACAUGCUUUUAUAACAACUUUUUGGAAAUAAUGAGGUCCCAGCGUAGAGAAAAAUGAUACACAGGGCAAACAAAAUACUUAGUAGUGCGAGCAAUCUACUGUUGGUUCUUGUGGAAUUUGUUGAAAAUUAGAAAAUGUAGAAUAUCAUGUCACCUAUCUUGUUAUUAGGCUUGUUAUAUUGUCCCAAAUAAUAAGCUUUGAAAUUAGUGCUUAGUCACACUUGACAUUGUUUUACUCACUUCCCCUUUUAACAAUGACAUCCAGGUUUUUGUUUUCUUGCCACCAAACAGGAAAUAUUCAAAAAUACAUCCACGUGUAUACAAAAGCACAACAUACCCUUUCUCUUUUGAAGAAUGUGCAUUACUCUUGUUUUAUAUCGUAUAAAUAAAUAUAUAUAAAGAAGCAUUUUUGUAAAUGAACCAGUAUAGCCUAUAUGUUAGUGAGAUUGAAUUUACCUUAAGACUUUAUAGUGUCAUGUAUAUUAUAUUACUGCAAUAUAGUUAUUUGUUUUAUUUUGUUUUUUAAUUUUUCUUUUUGCUAUUUAAAUUUUGGUUUGGUAACAGAUAUUUGGAGGGUAAGUGUUUGGAUAUGCCCACCAAACACACCAAAACAUUCCACUGAGUGUAAAACCGUAAAAACAGCAAUAAAGUGUCUAUAGAGCAGCGUGUGUUUGGGUUUCAUUCACUGUCUGUGAUCAUCCAAACCUGGAACAGGAUGUAACGAUGUUGCUGAUGAGGAAAAAGACAAAUAUCUGCCUCGUUGAAGAGUUGUGACAAAGCUAGUCCAGCGGGUGGCAGUAUAAAUCAACUUAUUAUUAUAUAGGGCAAAGUGCAGCAGAGUAAAAAAUAUCUGCUUAUUCAUUCAGGCACUGCUCCCCAUUAAUAUCUUAUUGAUGGUGAUUGCAUCAAAGUGUUUUGCAUGCAUGUUAACCCAUGCAUAAUGCUCACAGUUAUUUUUUAGAGACAUAAAUGAUGUACAUUUAAGGUAAUUGAUUAAUUAAAUUCUCUGAAAAAAUCAAA